AUGAUAGCCACAACAACCCCAAAUCAAGCCAGUCUCCCAACCGCGACAUCCACAUCCUCAUUCUGGCACAAAGACCCCUCAGUAGCCCUCUUAGACCAUCGCACUACCGCCACCCUCCCGACAUGCACAGAUGUCCUAAUAAUUGGCUCUGGGAUCACUGGUUCUUUCGCGGCUCAUUUCCUGCGUCAGAAAGAUAAGGAAAAACAUAUCUUGAUGCUAGAAGCUAGAGAGGCUUGUUGGGGUGCUACUGGUCGUAACGGGGGACAUUGCCAGCCCGCAAUCUAUGCUUCACCACCCGAAAUCGGGGCUUUUGAACUGAGGAAUUUUCGGUUCUUAAAAGACUUGGUUGAGGAGAAUAGCAUUCAGUGUGAUUGGGUGAACACGCAGGGUAUUCAUUCAUAUUAUGACGAAAACAUGUUUAAAACCUCUUUACAGCAUUUCAGAGUCCUCGAAAAAAUGUUUCCAAAACUCGCAAAAAACGUGAAAGUCAUCACCAAAGAUUUGAGGUCGCCUUCGUUAGCCGAUUUGAGGGUUCCGCGGGCUGUGGGUGCCUUUCUCCAGGUCAAUGCGGCGGGUUUAUGGCCUUAUAAACUUAUUUGUUGGGUUCUUGAGAACUUACUUUCAAGUUCGAAGGAUUCAGAAGUAGGAGAUUUUAAUUUGCAGACUAAUACACCAGUUACACAACUUCAAAAGGUUGAUGAGGGUUGGAUGGUGCAUACACCCCGCGGUAUGGUUUUGGCGAGAAAGGUUGUUGUUGCUACAAAUGCAUACACUUCCCAUCUCCUACCCAAAAUGAGCAAUCUAAUUGUGCCAGUACAAGGAGAAAUGAGCGCGCUUAUCCCCCCAGCAUCUGCUCGUCCUUCCUCGUCAUCUUCGUCGCUAAGAAGGACAUAUGUCUUUCAUAACCACGAUUUGAAUAAUGAUAUUCAUCAAGACGAUUACCUUAUCCAACGCCCCUUUACCACCACUUCAUUAUCCAAAGGAGGAGAGCUCAUGUUCGGCGGCGGUCGCCAAUACGCUGCCCAGGCCGGCGUCGGAGUCUCAGACGACUCAUUUACCUCUAAAACCGCAGCUUCCUACCUAAGAAAUAAACUCAACAACGUCCUGGACAUCUCAGCCAUUCCCUCUGAAGAACUCAAAGCUUCUCAUGAAUGGACUGGCAUAAUGGGCUUCUCUCGCGACGAAAGACCUUGGGUUGGCGAGGUGACUGAAGAACUUGGGCUAGGGGGUGCGGAUGGACUUUUUGUUUGUGCUGGAUUUACAGGGCAUGGGAUGCCAAAUUCGACGUUGAGUGCUAAGGCUAUUGUUGAAAUGUUGCUUGGAAACGGCAAUGGGCAAGAGGAAGUAGAUUUGCCUAGUAGUUAUCGGGUCAAUCCGGACAGGGUUAAGGUUUUGGUUGGGGGAUGA